AAAAUAAUUGUCGUGACUUUUUACUGCCCCAACAAUGCGUUUGACUUUCCUUUCUUCACUCACGAUUAUGAAGCGAAAGUAAAUUAGGUUUUGCCUUUAUAAAACACUAAGUAACAUAAUGAUACUUAUCAGUCUUUAAGUAAAUUCCAAAGAAUGGACACAUUAUUUCGAUCAAUUAUUUUGCUUGCAUCUACAAAAGUAGUAUUUGCAGAUGUAAGUCAUUUCUUUUUUCCGGAAUCGGCUUUAUUUCAACCACCUCAACAACAAUCACAUCCAUUUCUCUACGCACCUCCUCCUCCGCCAUUUCCAAAUCCUGUUCAACAACCACCUCCAGUUAGUUCCACAACUGAGUUUUUCCUACCUGAAGUGAUAUCAAAUCGAAGAUUAAAGGAUUCUUCUCAACAUAAUGGAAAUUUCAUACCUUUUAAUCAAUAUCUUCCACCUCCCGUUGACGAUGGACAUAAUACAUUUCAAACAGCCCAAACUCCAUCGUUAGCAUAUUUACCACCAAAAGCAGAAAAACCAAUAGUUGUCCUAGAUGAUCCAUCAUCAGGAGAUCAAGGAUAUGAAUAUCAUGAACCAUCAACUAGUACAUCAAAUCCAAAUGAUGAAGAACCAUCUUUGCAAUUUCCAUCGGCUCUUCUACCACCAGCUGCUGAAAAUCCAGUUUUUCUUGGAGAUAAUCCAACACCAACAACAACAACUAAAAAACCAAAUCAAGGAUAUUAUUAUGAUCCCCCUGGAACAUCAUUUCCAGAAAAUCCAAUAUUUCAAGAUUCGGGAAGUGGAAAAGUACCACAAGUACGUCUUCAUGUUAAAGAAAUGCGAUGCCUUGAAAAUAAAAAUGGAUUUUUUCGAGCAGUUUUACAAAUUGAAAGCUUCCUUAGUACAACUCCUUUAAUUGAAAAUGAUUCAAAUGAUCCAAAGUGUAGUGUAAAAUUAAAUCGAAAUUUACUGAUAGUCAAUGUUGAAGCUGAAGACUUUCAAAAAUGUGGUGUUCAUUAUUGUGGAAAGGAACUCUGUUUAAGGCUGAGAUUUCCAUCGAUAAGAGGUAUACGAACUAGCUUUGAUUCUUUGUUGGCGUUACGUUGUACCACACAAAAUCGAGUUGCGGCAAAAACACAUGCCCUCAAAAUGGGAAUUUCAAAUGAUAUUAGAAAGGCUAAAAAUACUGACGUUUAUGCACAUGGUGGAGCUCAAAAUGAAUUUCGAACACACAUUGAGUUACUUCGGAAAACUUCGAAUGGCUUUAGCAAGAGACUAGAACCCAACGAUGUUGUCCGCUUGGGAGAGGAAUUACUUUUGAGGGCUCAUGUGGGAGCGGGUGAUGGUUGGAAUUUUACAAAAUUAACUGAUGUCAAUCUUCAACUCAUCUCUGGAACAGGUGAUCUAACUCGAUCAGUAAAUCUCAUUACAUCCCAUGGAUGUGUGAAUCCUUCAAUGCGAAGUAUUUGUCCACAAAUUCCAAUUUUCGAACCACCUCUCGGACAUCGAUUUCAAUUCAAAGCAGUUAUGUUCCAGGAGAUGCGUAGCGGUGAAGAAAUGGUUUUGAGUAUGAAAGUAACUGGAUGUUUGGAACAAAAUGAUUGUCUUAUAAAUGUGCAAGAUUGCAAUGGAGGAGGUACAAAUUUUAAACGCCAAAGAAGAAAUACACAAAAUAAUUCAACAAAUUUUUCGGAAUUUUCGAAAAUAUCAUUUCGAGUUGAAAUGCCAUUUGAUGAGCAACAGGAAGAAGGAGAAUUGGUGGAGAGUAAUGAAUUCAGGAUAAUAGUUCAAAGUUGGAUAGUAGUAGCUGUUUUAUUGGUCGUUGGAUCUUUGUGUCUGUUGGGUGUAAUUAUUUAUUGCUUUGCAAGAAAAAAUACAGAUUUUGUAACAAAAUACUGA